CGGGCCUUUCCGUAGGCGUGCCAAGUUACGUCGUCCAGAUGUUGCCAGAAGUCACUCCCACUUUGCCGCUGUAGCCUGCUCAGUCAUAUGUGCUCAAUCUUAUCCAGCUAGAUUUUCGGCCGUGAACUCUUCCCUGUCAAAGUUAGUCUGCAGAUGUCUUUGUGUGAGAAAAGUGAUGAGGAGCUCAGCCAGCUGCUUGCCGCGUAUGGCAUCAAACAUGGACCCAUAGUGGACUCUACCCGAAAGCUGUAUGAAAAGAAGCUCGAAAAGGCCAUGGAGAGCAGUCCAGCGAAACCCUCAUCCGAUAAGACCUACUAUAGAGAGGAAGAGGAGGAAAUUACCUACAUCACGUACCAGAGUCCGGUUAGACAUGAGCUUUAUGGAGACAUGUUCAAACGAAGAGGCAACACUGAGCAAGAUGAACACAAGAAAUCAGUCCAAGAUACAGAUCCCCCUAUUCAGGUUGCUUACAGAAGAGCCAAUCACAGCUCAGUACAGUCCAGGGAGCCGGUCCGAAAGUCUCAAGGAAGCGUGUGGAAGGUGACCCGGCUGCUGCUGCUGUUGGCUUUGUCAGCAGCUGUCUUCUACUAUGCCUACUGCCGUAUCAUUAACGGUGAUACAGGCAUCCAGUGAUCUGACUCGCUUUUAGGAUGUCAGGGUUGUGUUCCACUUAAGACAUUUCUGUUCAAUUACAGCUGUAAGUGGAGAGGAUUGUUUUUCUCCUCCUUCCCAUACAUAGUUCGGCUGGCAGUACUUUUCUUAAUGUCACCAAAUCCUUUGAAAUGACCAUAGCAAACAAACAAAUUAUGAUAUGUGUAUCAAAGCUUGAUACGUCUUCUUCCUGUGUGCUACAGAGCUCCAUUGUUGUUAAAAACACUGUUACACAGGCUGACAUGUUCCUUCAUUAUGAUGAACACACACAGUGUGGUUUAAGUAAGAACAGGCCAGGCUUUUGCCAAAGACAAAAGGAUAUACCCUUAUUUCAUUUUUGUACAUUAUUUAAUUAUUCUUUUUGCUCAGUCAUGUUGUUUUUACUUAUACUGUUGCAAAAACAGAAGAAGGAGUGUAUUGUUGUGAUUGACAAUUUAUCUUCAGUCUGCAUGUGGCUGUGAUGCAGAUGAGAGCUGAUUCCAUGUUGAACAUGUGCGCAUUAUGGCUACCACUAUGAUUCAUCAUUUAUUCUAUAAAUAUGUCAUUAUGGAAAGAUGAUCAUCAAAAUUUUCCAGAGCCCAAAACAAACUCUUACCGUCAUUUAACAAGCUGGAACCAGCAAAAACAUUUGUGGUUAAAAAGACUGAAACUUUUGAUCAGUUAUUAAAAUACGGUAGUUGGCAACUUAUUUUCUUACCAUCCACUAAUUGAUUAAUCAACUAACCGUGGCACCUCUGAUCUGUAUGGCACAUGAGCACCACCAGCUGCCUGGAAGAAAAAAAAUCUGUCUGUUAAAGAGAACAACAAGAACCUCAAAUGGGUAAUAAUACACCACUGAAAAUAGUCCCCAACAAACACACUAUUUUCUCUAAUGUCGGUAAAAUAAAACUGUAUAUUUCUCAGCAGUUACAGAUUUCCAUCUUCAGUAGGAAACAGUGGACAUUUUCAUGGGAUUGUUGACAGGAUUUUUAGUAUAGUGCCAGCCCCAUCCUUUAACUGCUCAGCUUUGUUGCAUGAAUGUUGCACUGUGUUUUCCAGCUACCCAGAGUUAUGCAUAUUUGAUUUCUGUGACACGGCUGUUGUCUGAAACAUGUGAAUUGUUCUUAUUUUUGAGCUCUAGACGUUACGUAGCAAGUAGUAAACUGAGGCUAUCUUUCAUAUUUCCAAUCUGCUUUGCACAUCAGGUCCAAUCAAAACACAAAGGCUGUUCUCUGUAUGUCAAUAAAAACUU